AAUCAAAAAAACGUAUAUCUAAUGUAAGUUAUUUUAUUAAUUUUAUAUUUAUUAUUCUAUUUAUUUAUAAUUUUUUUUUUUUUCAUUUUAUUAGACUACUCAAACAAGACAUACUAAUGAAGAAAUAACAACAACAAGUGGUGAUACCAACGAACUAGAACAACUCAUGCUCGAACCUGUUACUUAUGAUGACCUCUGUGAAACCACCAAUAAAAAGGAGAACAUAUUUACUACAGAACUAGUUCAAUCGUUACAAUCUGUGAAACAAGUUUGUCUCGUAGCUCUUGAUUCUUUACUUCGUCAACUAGUCAGUUCAAUGCCAUCAACAAAACCUGAAAGACGUUUAUCUGAUUCUUCUUUACCUAACCAAGUUGGAAACUCUUUACUUGGCUCUAUUGUUCAAAGUACCAAUCGUCUAUCAACUUUACCUUCUCAUCAACAAGAACAAAAAAUGAAGCGAAGUGAUUCAACACCAGCAAUAGCAACUCUUUCUGUAGUCCAACAAGUAUUAACAUCACAUCAAGCUUGGCUAUUGGAUUCAUCCUCAGAUUAUAAUUUAUGUUGUUCUUUGGCUGCUCUUUUACAUCAUUUAUAUCGAUUAUUGGAACUAGGAUCUUCAACAGAUGAUACUCAAAAUCCUGAUAAAAUGACAUCUUUAUCACCUUCUUCAAGUAUUUAUUCUCAACUACGUGAAAGUAUGUCCUCAUUUCAAAAGGAAAAAGCAAACAAGAAGAUGAAAAUCAAUACUAGCGACACCAACAAGAAUGAACGUAAUUCUGAUGAAUUGGCUAUAUUGUGGGACGAACUGGAUCAGCUGAUGAAUGCUAUUACUUGCUUGGCACAAGAUCACCGACAGGUUAUAGACUCUGCUCCUCCUGCAUAUUAUGAUAUUGUAAAACCCCUGGACACUCCUUCUACUGCCAUCACCAACAAUUCAAUAACAGGAAAAACUGACAAAUUAGAAAAGAAAUCAAUGAUGGAUCCUCCUGAUUAUACCCAACAAGUCGAAAAAACCCAACAUGAUUUGGAUAAUCUUCUUUCUGCCAUUGAACAACUAUCAAGCCUUUCACCACAACUCAGCAAUCAACGCGUAGACUUGACUGAAAGACAAGCAAAAGAAUUGGCCGCUGCUACCAUUGGAAAGACUAUUGAACGUUUAUCUCGUGGAAGAAUGGAUGAUCAACGUGCACCUUUACCCUCAAUUCUCUCCAAACAGAAAAUGCUUUCUGAUCUGAUGACACAAAUCCAACGAUCUUCUCUUCGCUCACUAGAUGCUCAACGUGCCAGUAUGAAUCCUCGACUCACAAAGAAGAUGGAUGCUAUUAAUGGAAUGUUAAACAACAAUGAUCGUGGAAGAUUGACCAGUCAGGAUUGGGUUUCUCCUGAACAACAAAUGAUUGAUGAUAUGACAACAAUGACUGAUAAACUUGUCAAGAUGAUGUAUCGUCCGAAAUACACUCAACAACGUUAUUCACUCUCUGCUUUGAAAGAACGAGAAUUCUUCCUUCAUCAUAUUUUUCAAAAAGUAGAUCGUAUGGAAAAUCGACGAAUGAGCAAUCAAGAUGCUGAAUAUACACGCCGCCCUUCUACAAUAACUUCUCAGCAACGGACAGAUAUGGAAGAUGAACUAGGUUGUUUAUUUGAUCAUAUUCAUCGAUCCAAGUCGAAAAUGGACAAUCAACGUGCAAGUUUUACUACUACCUCUCCUGUAGUUCUCUCUACUGCCUCAACAUGAUGGAAUGACUCUAUAGUUUAGUCUAUUUAUCUAUUUUCCAUCCAUUUUUUAUAUCUACGUAUAUUUAUACCCUUAUUAUCUAUCUCAUUUUUAGUUUUGUAUAUUGAUUCCAUUUAUAUAUUCAUAUAUCUAUAUAUCAUUCUGUGUAUAGAAGUUCAAAGAAAAAAGAAAAAAAAAGAAACAAUAAAAACUCAGAGUGUAGACGGCAGGCUGACUCCUCUUUUUAUCUG